UUAUUCAAUUGUGUGGAACCAUAUGGACGAAAACAAUCAAUUGACGCCCACAAAGAGCCAUUUCUCUUAUCAAAUGGCAAUGCUCUUCAAACCUCAAUUCCUCCCUUUGAAACAAGGCAUAUUGAUCUGUGGCCGACAACAAUUCCAUGCAAGAAAGGCGACAGGUUAGUUAUAGGGACGCAGGCAUUUAAUGUAUUAAUAACGUCAUCGGCUCGAUUGGAUAUCAAGGAGCCGCCUUCGCUUGGUGGAGUAACCACGUCAUUUACACUGAAAGAAAGUAAAUUAUCCAGAAAUACAAAGAUUUUUCUUGACAGCGAUUCUGUAAUUGAGGCCUUUAAGAUAAUUAACAGCAAGGAAGUGUAUCGAAACGCCAGAGGAAAUGAACUGGAGCAGAUGCGACAGGUGCGCAGCAAGUUCGACCAUUGUUCUCCAUAUUUCUUGUGUAGAGCGGCAAGUAAUAUUGCCAAGAGCCAUUUAAUGCAACCGUAUUCAGUUUUUACGCUUGUGGGGCAU